UCUCUCUCUCCCCUCCGACUUUCCCGCGCCCACUAUCGCGAUACUCUUAUGUACAGUUUCUGCCACUUCUAGGUUCGUGACAACAGCUGCCGCCAGACUCCCAGCGCACGCCAGUCUAUAAACGCGCGACGCACGCUGCACGCCCGCCGAGACCCGUUGAGAAAAAACGUCACCCAGAGCGAGAUACGCCUCCUACUCCUACAGUAGCGCUCCCUUUCCCAACCCAACUUUACGAUACAACCUGCUGUGAAAGCACCACCCCCGCGAAACUUCCUGUCGCAUUUGCGCGUCUCCAGAAAGGAAGAGAUACUUAGGUCACGAUGAAGGCCCUUCGCCGCUCCAUCAAAGGCGACAAGAAUGACUCAAAGCUGCAACACAUCUCCGUGGCCCCCAAGUCCGCCGUCGCCAUCGUCCCUCCGAAAAAGGUAAUUCGCGCACUAUACGACUACGAAGCGCAGAACACGCAGGAGCUGAGCUUCCAGAAAGGCGACUUCUUCCACGUCAUCGCGCGCGAGAACGACACCGACUGGUACGAGGCGUGCAACCCCGCCGUGCCCGACGCGCGCGGCCUCGUGCCCGUGAACUUCUUCCAGGCGCUCGGCAAGACGGAGCGCGACAGCGGGCAGAGCACUGGGUCGGCGGGGAGCGCAAAGGCUCCGGACCACGACUCGGGGUACUCUGAGACCAAUACAGGGCCGGCGGGGCCGGCGCCGGGGCCGAGUCCGCAGCGCUUGUCGAAGCUGGGGAAGGGGAGCGGCGCGAUGGUGUAUGGGAUCGUCAUGUACGAUUUUGCGGCCGAGCGACCGGAUGAGCUCGAGGCGAAGGCGGGGGAGGCGAUCAUUGUGAUUGCGCAGAGCAAUCCGGAGUGGUUUGUGGCGAAGCCGAUUGGGCGGCUCGGAGGGCCGGGGUUGAUUCCCGUCAGCUUUAUUGAGAUAAGGGAUAUGACGACGGGGCAGGCGGUGCCGGAUUCGCAGGAGGCGGUUCAGAGGGCGGGGGUGCCGAAGGUGGAGGAGUGGAAGAAGAUGGCGGCGGAUUAUAAGAAUAGCAGUAUUACGCUCGGCAAGUUCGAGGCGGCCAGCCAGCAGCAGCAGGGUAUGGAGCAGGAUAUGGGACGGAUGAGCUUGCAGCAGGCGCAGCAGCGGCAGAGCCGCCAGGCGGGGAAUGGACAAUAUCAACAACUCCGACAAUCCCAACAAGCCAAAUCGCAACAACAGCAAAACCAGCAAUACGCCGCACAACAACAACAAGCCGCCGCAACCUCCCAACUCUUCUCCCCCGUCUCCGCACACAUCCCGCGCUACUGGUUCAGCGAAGACAAGUACUGGUUCGUGAUCGAAGCCGCGCUCGAGGACGGCCGCCACUGGGAGCUCCAGCGCUACUACGAGGACUUCUACGACUUCCAGAUCGCCCUCCUCACCGAAUUCCCCGCCGAGGCCGGCAACACGGGAACCCAGAAGCGGUCCCUCCCUUACAUGCCCGGACCCGUAAAUUACGUCACGGACCAGAUCACCGAUGGGCGCCGCCACAAUCUCGACGCGUACGUCAAGAACCUCCUUACGCAACCGCCGUAUAUCAGCCGCUGCACCCUGGUGAAACAGUUCUUUGCGCCCCGAGAAGGCGAUUUCGAAAUCGAUCCCGAUGCGCCGGAUGGGUACCGCGAUUCGGCGGGGAGCCAGCAGAGUUCGACGGGCACGCCGGCGGAUGAUCGGGGGGGGAGUAAGGUCGAUCUCAAUGGUGCUGGGUACGGUGGUCUCAGGGCCGCGCCGCCGCGCCAGCAGGGUCCACCUGGGGGGUUCCCGGCUCCGGGGGGGCGGGAGGUAGGACAGCAGCAAUCCCAGGCCUCGCUGCAAGCAGCGGGUGGCGGAGCGAUGAAGGUGAAAAUAUACUUUGGGGAUGAUUUGUUUGCGAUCAGAGUACCCGCCGCGAUCAGCUAUGUGGCGCUGCAUGAGAAGAUCCGCGAGAGGUUGAAGAUUCCGGGAGGAGAGGAGAUCGCGAUGAUGUGGCAGGAGGGGGGGGGGAGGGCGGCUCUGGAGAGUGAGGCGGAUUUGGGGGAGGCGUUGGCGAGGGGGGGGGGGAAGCUGGUGGUUUUUGUGGAGUAUAAGUGAGAGCGUCCGUAGUGACGUUCUACUGCCGGUGCGCGAUGCUGAUGUGUGUGGCUGUUGGGUGGGUGUGGUAUGUUUAUACUCGCCUCGAUACCCGCGGGAUGGCAAAAACGGGAGCGCAGCUCAGCAAAAAUCUACCCCUCCUAUAUGCAGGGCGCGCUGCUUGCGUCUUCUCGGAGUGGAUGAGGAUAUAUCCCAUUUUUUUGUGUGGCAUAUUGCGAGGAUAUAUACUCAGGGCUAUCUUGCUUCUUCUUUCGGGGACGCAACUAGGGAUGAGGGGUAGGAGACAGGCGGUGGGGGGGGGGCGUUUCCCGGCG